CUUUUUUUGGGCACUGACUUGCCAAUGUGCUGCCUAUUUGCCUAUCUGCCUAAUUACACACACUCACACACUCGCAAACCACGUUUUUGCAUUCUUUUUAUACGUUCCACGUUGGCCGUUGCAAUGGUUUUUGAGCCACUGGUGUUUAACGGUGUGUCACCGCGUGUUUUUUAAAACCAAGGUGGCUAUUGAAGCGCGCGUUGCCACAUCACAUGCAUGGUGCGAGGCCGCGGGCAGCCGUUGGUUCUCGUAACGUUCGGGCCUUGCACGAGUCAGAGCGGGUGAGGCCGAGAGACCGGUGCGACGGGCAAGUAUGUAGAAAGGAAAGUUUUAACACCAUCCACUACAGCAGGCGAUUUGUGAUUUUUUAGGCCCACACGUCAUCCAGCCGAGUGAUGAGGAGAUUCAAGUCUCGGAGAAGGGUGCGGGUGGACUGUGACCAGCUGGGGCAGACUUCUGCAACGCAGAAAGCCACCUAACAAACCCAGGCCGGCCGUCCAAAAGCAAUUGAGGCGCCAGACCAUAACCAGUUGGAAAACUGAAUUGACCAAGCGCAGCGCUCCCAACCUGAGAUGCCCCUGAGCGCCGGGGGUGCCGAAGACACUGCAGCUGCCGAAGCACACCAUUUGCGCUGGGGCCCUGGAGGACACUGCCACUAGUGCCCUUGUGAAGCGCCGAUUGCCGGCCACUUGUGCGUGUCACACCCUGUCCCCAAGGGUUUCGUUCUUACGGCUUGAGCUUUCUAGCAGGGGCACCGGCACCACCGGUUGGGACGCAGAUUUGCAACAAACAAGUUGGAGAGGCACAACGCUCACGCCGUGGCACCCAUGCCAAUAGAAAUCAUGCGCGUGUUUUACUCGUUGCAGUUUUUGGCUUCAUGAUGCUUCAUUGUCACGUUGCAGCCCCACGGGCAAGACCAUGGCGAUCGAAUUUGAUUGCCCCCUAGUGUCGUAAAAACAUUGCAAGAGCUAGGACCGCUAGGAAGGUGUACAUGGGGUUUCAUGGAACGUCUCGGUUCCCCGCAGCUUUUUCAAGGUUCUCGAGGGUCCAGCCGGCCAAAUUCGAGGCCAAAUUCUUCCGGGCUUUCUGAAUUUGAGGCGUAUGCGCGACAUGUCCAAAGGGAAGAUGGCAAAGCUCGAAAAGAAAGUGCCUAUGAGGCCGACACAGCAAACCGAGCAACCCUACAGGAGUGGCUUGGUCCCCUGCGCAAGACUGGAAAGCAACUGGGUGAGCACACUGCAACUGGAGGUAUGUACUUGAAAUACAAGGCCUGCCGUCUGAUGGACAACCCGUCGUCAAAGGCGCUGAAUGGCGAAAAUAUUGAUCGUAUCCAAUUAGAGACUGCGUGGUCUUGCCCCACAGUUCGAACUGUCCUUCGGAUCACCGAUGAUCUGCAUUUGGAUGACCAAAUACGCAGCUCUGGUUCUGAUGACAUUGUGAGGGAAAUUGUUGGUACGGCAAGUUCGAGCUUUAUGGCUGCCAUGGCCAAGAUUGACGAACUCAGGGACGACGUCCAAGUUCAAAGGGAUGAGAGGAGGGUGCAAGCAGAAAGCAACCUGAGCAAAGUUGCCUAUCAGUCACUUUAUGGCCUCAAGCAGGUCCAGGAGCCGAAGCAGACAGUGACGCAUGGAAGGUCAAGGCGACGAAGCUCUGUAGGCAGCGCGCUCUCAAGCGAGGUUCAACUCCUCCCUGGGACGUCUCUGGGACGUGGCAUGGGGCCGACUGUCAUCCGCUUCACCCCCGAUCCACGGGAAGACCAGCUGAGACAGAAAGUCCAAGUGUUUGACAGAUGGAUGUAUGGACAUUUAGCGGAGGAGCGGAAUCUGUCGAGACAAAAUGAGAACCGCCGGAGGCUUCCACCGGUGCGAUUGGACAUGAGACUCUUGGGCCUUGCUGAGUGAGUGUUUGGGAAAGAUGUGGGUGCAACUGGGUUUAUAUAUAUUCUGCCUUGGUCUGUCAAGCAGAUCUUGAGGCAAUUUUGGCCUAUGGAGUUUGGUGAUCAGAUUAUUUGGACCAGUCUGGCUGCGAAGCAGCUGGGCUAAGAUGUGCUCCUGAAGGGAGCAUGAGAAAGACCUGCGCGCGGAGUUUUCCUUCAGGACAAUUUGCUUCAUUGGCAGGUGACAUUAUUUACCUCAAAAUCCCUACAAGGCGCUGCAGCUUUUGUUACAAAA